AAAAGUCUUAAAAGUUGUUCUCCGCCUUGCCCACUGUGGCGCUACAGCCACAUCACUGCACCUCGGCCACAUUGCAUUCUAUGUCCCUGCCUCAGGACUCCAUGAAUUCCUAGUGACCAGGCGGCAGUCAGGGCUAGGCUAGCACUACUGUGUAGCCUUAAAGUAAGCUCAGUAAGGAAGGAACUAUGGCUGCCCGCGCUCCGGGAGAGAUGUUGUCUCCCGUGAUGAUCCACUCAUCUGUUUGGUCUUUUGAUGCUUGUUCGGUUCUGUGCGUACUUUGUAAAUGUGUAGGAAAGUUCCCUGCCCAUGCCUGCGUUUGCCACCCAGAAACAAAGAGGUACAAUGAGCAAUUGCCGAUGAUAACAAGUCUUCAGUGCAUAGUUCUGGCUGUGAGAAGAACUCUGAGAUCCGGACAACUUCAUAAAGCACGAUUUCAUCGUCCUGCUGCGAUACUAAUGCGCCAAAAAGACUUGAUCUUGAACCUCCGCACGCCAAUCCAGCCUACUUUCACGUAGUGGCUUAGCUUAGCACAUGAUCGUGAUGAUGCCCCCCCUCUCGAGAUGUUCUUCCCAAACUGGUUGAUAAUCUUUGGAAAGCCAUGAUGGAUGAACCCCCCGGUCAGCCAGAGGAAACUCCAGCCUCUCGCCG